CGGUGUGGGGGGGCGGGGGCGGGGAGGGGUUGGGGCGGGCGAGUGGGGUGGGGCGUGGGGGGGGGGGAGUUGGGGUUGGGGGGCGGGGGCUGGGGCGGGGGGGGGGGUGGGGGGGGGGGGGUCGGGGGGGGGGGGGUGGGGGGGUGGGGUGGGGGGGGGGGGGGGGGUGCGGGGGGGGGGGGGG